ACUCUGAGUCCUGAUCCANUCCAGAAGAAGCCCAUCAAACAACCAAAGACCACCGUCCAGAAGAAGCCCAUCAAACAGCUGAAGACCACCGUCCAGAGGAACCCCAUCAAACAACCAAAGAUCACCGUCCAGAAGAACUCCAAACAGCUGAAGACCACCAUCCAGAAGAACUCCAUCAAACAGCUGAAGACCUCCGUCCAGAAGAACUCCAUCAAACAGCUGAAGACCACCGUCCAGAAGAAGCCCAUCAAACAACCAAAGAUCACCGUCCAGAAGAACUCCAUCAAACAGCUGAAGACCACCGUCCAGAAGAACUCCAUCAAACAGCUGAAGACCACCGUCCAGAAGAACUCCAUCAAACAGCUGAAGACCACCAUCCAGAAGAAGCCCAUCCAACAGCUGAAGACCACCGUCCAGAAGAAGCCCAUCCAACAGCUGAAGACCACCGUCCAGAAGAAGCCCAUCCAACAGCUGAAGACCACCGUCCAGAAGAAGCCCAUCAAACAACCAAAGACCACCGUCCAGAAGAAGCCCAUCAAACAGCCGAAGACCACCAUCCAGAAGAAGUCCAUCAAACAACCAAAGACCACCGUCCAGAAGAAGCCCAUCAAACAACCAAAGACCACCAUCCAGAAGAAGCCCAUCAAACAACCAAAGACCACCGUCCAGAAGAAGCCCAUCAAAGAACCAAAGACCACCAUCCAGAAGAUCUCCAUCAAACAGCUGAAGACCACCAUCCAGAAGAAGCCCAUCAAAGAGUUGAAGACCACCGUCCAGAAGAAGCCCAUCAAACAGCUGAAGACCACCGUCCAGAAGAAGCCCAUCAAACAGCUGAAGACCACCGUCCAGAGGAACUCCAUCAAACAGCUGAAGACCAUCGUCCAGAAGAAGCCCAUCCAACAGCUGAAGACCAUCGUCCAGAAGAAGCCCAUCAAACAGCUGAAGACCACCGUCCAGAAGAAGCCCAUCAAACAGCUGAAGAACACCGUCCAGAGGAACUCCAUCAAACAGCUGAAGACCACCGUCCAGAGGAACUCCAUCAAACAGCUGAAGACCACCAGUAAAGAUGGAGAAGCUGUAGUUGGUAAAGUAGUGAAGAAAUCUUCUCUGUGUACUUCUACAAGCAGAGACAAAGAGGUGAAGGACUUCUUUAACCUGGGCCUGGCUGAUCAGAGUGACUCCAUCAGGGUCAUGGUGUACGGGAAGAAGAAGUAUAAAUACUUCAGAGUGGGUUCAUCUUACUCAUUCAGAAAUAUAAUACUACAGUAUGUAAGGAAUCAAAUUACCAUGAAAGUUACUGAAGUAACAAAAACAAGGAAGAUAAAGCAGCUGGACGUUCCCAAAGACCUGGAGCUGAGAGCUCAGAACCUGCUUUAUGAAAAGGUUUAGUGGACAAUCAGGAGCUGUGGCAACAUGGCUGCCUUUUUCACUUUAACUGCUUUUAGAA